GUCUCUCACCCGCUUCGCUUCUUCAAAACAGAGAGCGAGAAGGCGAACCCUAAAAUACUCUUUAGAGAGCAAAAACCUCCGAUUUCACUCGAAGAUGUCUUCGACACUAUUGGAAGUGACUAGGUCCAAACAUGAGGAAAUAGAACGCUUUGAACGUCUGAUUGUUAAAGAUCUUCAGAAUGAACCAGCUUCAAACCGUGAACGCCUCUUUCAGAAUCAUAGAGUUCGUAACAUGAUUGAAGCAAUUACUUCCUCCACUGAAAAGCUUAUUGAGAUUUAUGAAGACAACGAUAACGCGAGGAAGGAUGAAAUUGCUGCAUUGGGUGGCCAAACUGCCACAGGAACCAAUGUGUUCAGUGCCUUUUAUGAAAGGUUGAAAGAGAUUCGUGACUAUCACAGGCGCCAUCCAAAUUCUCGUGCUUUGGAUGUGUACGAGGAGGCUGAGGAGUUACUGAAAGAAGAACCACAUGUGGAGUUCAGUGGCGAGGAAGGUCAUGGACGGUACUUGGACUUGCAUGAGCUGUACAAUGAGUACAUUAAUUCAAAGUUCGCAGAGCGAAACGAGAAAACAAAAGAACCAAUAGAGUAUUCUGCUUAUCUGGAUGUGUUCUCCCAACCACAUACAAUUUCAUGUAAACUAAAGCUAAGCAGACAAUAUAGAGAUUACCUGGAGCAUUUGCUGGAGUAUCUGAUUUAUUUCUUUCAGCGAAAAGAACCAUUGCAAGACCUUGAUAGAGUGUUUUCAAAGGUAGAAACUGAAUUUGAAGAUCUUUGGGAGGAUGGCAAGAUACAAGGAUGGGAGAGUAAAGGUGGCAACAUUUCAUCUCAGGAUUCUAUAAUCGAUCUCGACUACUACAGUACAUUGCAUGAGUUAAUGGACGUGGGUAACGACAAAUUAAAAGAGGCACUGGCUGCUUUGGGAUUAAAAUCAGGUGGCACUCUUCAACAGCGUGCAGAGAGGCUUUUCCUGACGAAGCACACGCCUCUUGAACAGUUGGACAAAAAACACUUUGUGAAAGGUUUACGUAGUAUAGCACAAAAUGGUGCCACUGUAGCAUCACAAGAGAUGGAGCUGAAGGAAAUUGCCUUGAAAGAGUCCAAGAUGAAACGAUUGUGUGAAAUGCUAAAUGAGACUAUAGAACAAACUAAAGAAAAUGUCCAGAAGAAACAGGCGUUGACAGUUGAUGAGAGGGAAAAAGAACUUGAAGAGGAGGAAGAACAGGUGGACACUGAAAGUGACGAUGAUGAGCAGCAGAUUUAUAAUCCUCUCAAGUUGCCAAUGGGUUGGGAUGGGAAGCCUAUUCCCUACUGGUUAUAUAAGCUUCACGGUCUUGGCCAGGAAUUUAAGUGUGAGAUCUGUGGGACUCAUAGUUAUUGGGGUCGCAGAGCCUUUGAACGGCACUUCAAAGAGUGGCGUCAUCAGCAUGGUAUGCGAUGUCUUGGCAUCCCCAACACCAAAAACUUCAAUGAAAUUACAUCGAUUCAGGAAGCUAAGGCACUGUGGGAAAGAAUACAAGCACGCCAAGGGGUGAACAAGUGGCGGCCAGACCUUGAAGAAGAGUACGAAGAUAAGGAGGGUAACAUCUAUAACAAAAAGACUUACACGGAUCUACAACGCCAGGGCCUGAUAUAAAAUUGGCGUGCAGAUACUGUCAAGCAAAUUCUGUUUUCUUCUUUAAUCUGCAACUCCUCUACGAAGUAUUAGUUUGUCAAGGUUUAAAGAGAAAACUGGGGCGAGUAAUAAUCAGUAUUGGCUGGUAGCAACGGAUGCUAAUGUUCUUUAUUCCCUCCCUUUGUAGAGAUUUCCUUUGUAGAGAUUUUUGAUUUUGUACUUCAAGAAUCACUCUGAAGAAUUUGACUCCUGGAAUGGCUUUGUUUCGUUGCCAAGAUGUUGUAACACAACAGUGUUCUCCACUUCGUCUUUGAAUUUUAUUCAUACCUGAAGACAUUAUUCACUUAAUACGCUAAGAAACUAGUUUAUUUCCCUA